AUGUUGAGGACUCUCCUUGUUUUGCUGACAUUCACAUUGUGCCAAGGAAAUGAACAGACUUGUGCCUUGCAUUUUGACAUGCAAUAUGGAGGUUUGUUUGCUGACUGUACUGGAAGAAAACUUCAACAUGUUCCAGACUACCUUCCGGAAAAUAUAACAGCUCUGGAUAUGAGUGAAAAUAAUCUGAAAAUUCUCACAAAUAACACAUUUUACAAGUUUAGGAAGCUCAUCUACCUUAAUAUCAACAGAAACCCGCUGUCAGAGUUGGAACCAGAGGCAUUCAGGGGCUUGUUUAGUCUCACCAAACUUCUCCUUGCUCGGAACAAGCUGCGAUCAAACAGAGUGUCUUUCCCUGAGGAAGUCUUUCGUGACCUUGUGAGUUUGCAAACUCUAAAUCUUGAAAAGACUGAAAUGAGUUCAUAUCCGGAUUGGGUGUUUCCUCAUCUCGUCAAGCUCCACAGUCUGUAUAUCGACUCAGUUCCUGAUCCUUUGUUUGGUCCAGGAUUCUCCAACCUAACAAAUCUGAAAGUACUCCAGAUGGACUCCAGGUUUAUAUACGGAGGCAAAUGUUCAACAGAAAAUUUAAGAAAUGAAACAUUUCAGAGUUUAAAUGAAACAAAGCUUCAGGUUUUGGUUUUAAAUCAUUGUGGUAUAGAAGACUGUGAGCCAGGCGUUCUGGAGCCACUAUUGUUUCUAAAACAGUUGGAACUAACCCACAAUCACAUAGGAAACCACAACGCUUUACGUCUUCUCUAUCCCUUCGUAAAUCUGAACAUGACCAGGAUUUGGUUCAAUGGUACAUACAAGAACAAAAUGCGAGAUGAAAAAGACCUUGUCGAUAAAAGCCUAACUAAAGAAAGCAUGCAUUAUCUGACUAAAAUAUGUGUCACUGAAGUAUCUUUGAGAAGCAACCAAUUAUACUUAGUCGAAUAUGCAGCAGUCUACCAAGAUCCAUUUGAAAGUUGUUUGAAAGUUCUAGAUUUGUCUGACAACAUUUUUGUUGGGGAUGUUUUUGUACUAGGUUUUUUCCUUUUAGAUUUUCCAAACUUGAAUAUUUCGAUUGCAGCCUGCAGAAAAUAGACGGUGACUUUCCAAGGACUCAAAGUUAUGAAACAUUAGUGAGGCUGACAUUCCUUUCGUCUAUCGGAAAGUACGACCAGAGCUGGAACUGUGUAAUCAGCCUGUGCGUCUGUU